CCUGGGUGACGCCAUCACCCGGCGCGCUGUUUAGCGUCCACUGAUGUCGUGGCGCUUUGGAGAAAAAACUUGGUGUUUCUUCGGGCCCUGGUUCUGAAGACGCCGUCUGGGGGGCCCGUGGCUCCUUUCUACCCACCUCUCCUUCUGCUUUUUUUCCCUACUGUGGCAGGAUGAGGCGUGCAGGCCUGGGUGAAGGAGUACCUCCAGGCAACUAUGGGAACUAUGGGUAUGCUAACAGUGGGUACAGUGCCUGUGAAGAAGAAAAUGAGAGACUCACUGAAAGUCUGAGAAGCAAAGUAACUGCUAUAAAAUCUCUUUCCAUUGAAAUAGGCCAUGAGGUUAAACAUCAAAAUAAAUUAUUAGCUGAAAUGGAUUCACAGUUUGAUUCUACAACUGGAUUUCUAGACGCAUCAGAUAUUUUACAAGACAACAUGUUGGUGUCAGGCUUUGAGAUGAUGCUGUGACUUCCAAGUGGACAUCCCUAUCAGAGAUUGAUUCAGUUUUGAAGAAUUAUUUAACUGUGUACUCUGUGCCAACUGUGUGACAUCAGAGCUCAGGGAAGACUCAAAAAUCAUUGUCAAUAAUUAAAAUUGCAAAAGGAAGAAGGCCAAAGAAAAAUGACUAGAAGAUGGAAACAAGAGAACCAACAAUGGGAAUAAAUGAAAUAUCAAAGCCUUGGGAAAACCAGUGAUGGCAAGUGGGGGAUGGAUUUCAAGAUUAAGGUUUGGCUGUUAUAUGACAGUCUUUGUAAAGUAUUAAAACACUAUUUAAAUGUUAGAUAUUAUCAAGGAGGUGGGGAUUUCAGGAAAUGGGGUUUGGGGGCGAUGUAAAAGUGAUUCUCAUAGCUGCACUGUCCAUUUCUUAUUUUACAAUGCUUUCUAAAAACUGCCUAAAACAGGUUGGCUGAGAUCCCUGGCAGGCAGCAGACUUCUCUGGAAGGGCCUGUCCCUGCCCCCUCAGAGAUUCUUCUGGCAGCACCAUUUCUUCCUUUUGUUUGGAAACCCCUAGCAAAAAGUACUCCCAGAAAUAAAAGUGGGGAAACACCUCAAAUAUGGAAAAGUUUUAGCCCUUCAUAAUCCUUCACAAGCCCAUUGCUAACUCUAUAGUACUUUAUUGCUAUAGAUGUCUAGGAAGUUGAUUAUAACAAUUCAGGCAAAAUAUUCACAUAGUUUUUAUUCGGACAGUGUAAGACUUUCAGAUAUUUGGGUGGUGGGUGACACACUAUAUAUUCUAUAUUUUAAAGGGUGGAGAAAAUUGAGGAAGCAAUUUAUAAAAAUCCCAAAUGUCCACAUUUUUCUGCCAAGUAUCUAGUCACUUCAUUUCAGUAUGAGUUGGUCCUUGGAAGUAUGCUAACACAUUUGCACAGAAAAGAAAGCACUACUUACCUGCACCAUCCCCUUUGGAUACAAGGUGUAGGUCUCUACAAUGAGGAGAGGGAGAAUUACACAUAUUAUUGAUAGAAUUUAAAUUGGCAUGCAAAUUAAUUCUUGGAUACUACUGGAACAGAGAAUAGUCGUUAAAUCUAAAACAAAUAUGCACCAUCUUAAACAUCAGAAUUCUGGAGCAGAAAACCCAGCACCUGCAUCCAUAGAAAGCUGGUUCUAUAAAAUAAACUAGUUGUCCUAUUUUUUCAAUGCUCUUAAAUUUCAAAUUAUAUGUAUUGAAUUUGCUUCCUUGUAGAGAAAGUGGGAAAGGCGCUUGAUAAUUUAGGUUCAUUCAGUUAGUAAAUAACUUCAUCAGGCUAUACUGAUGAAUAACCUUUGACUAUUUACUGGGAAGCAGAAUAGCACCAGAGCUAAGACUGAGAGCUAUGAGGUCACACUGGCUGAACAUAAAUCCUGGUUCCCACUCAUAAGUUUGGGUGGAUGACCUCUCCACCUCAGGUACUCUCUUUGUAAAACAGGAAGAAAAAUUGUAUAUAGGUAGUGGUAACACAGCAUUACUGUGCUAAUUAAGUGAUAUUACUUGUAAAGAAAUUAGAAUGGGUUCCUGGGACUCAGUGGUAGAUGUUGCCUUUGUGGUCGGACGCUUAGAAAUCUAAUCGGUCACACUCACCCACAUGUUGCUGAAAAAAUUUCUCCCCGCUGCCUGGCCUCCCCGCCCCGCCAUCCUGCUACAGAAGGAAGCUGCUGUCUUUCCUCUUCUAGUGAGGGGUCCCCACUUUCUGGAAGUUAGUUCAAUUAGGUUUCUUUGCAGCCUCAGCAAUCUGAUGGAAUUAAAAAAAAAAAAAUUUAACGUUCAUUCAUUUUUUGAGAGAGACAGAGCGUGAGUGGGGGAGGGACAGAGAGAGAGGGAGACGCAUUAUCUGAAGAAGGCUCCAGGCUCUGAACUAUCAGCACAGAGCCCGACGCAGGGCUCGAACCCACGGACCGUGAGAUCAUGACCUGAGCCAAAGUUGGACGCUUAGCCGACUGAGCCACCCAGACACCCCUGAUGGAAUUAAAAAAAAAAAAAAAAUCUAUGAUAUUUUAGUGUAUCUAUCUUAUUUACAUUAUUAGAAUGAAAGCAACGGAGUUCAGCUUUGGAAGCAGAAGUCUGAAGAGAGAAACUUAGAAAGUUGUCUACCUGUAGAGGUUUGAUGAAACAGUUGAUAAACAUUCUAUUUCCUUUUACUUUCUCUACAGUUAUAUUUUUUAAUUCUAUUUUGAAACUUACUUAACUGUAUGAAGUACAGGGCACAAAUGAUUUUCUUUUUUUUUUUAAUUUUUUUUAAAUGUUUGUUUAUUUUUGAGAGAGACAGAGUGUGAGCAGGGGAGAGGCAGAGAGAGGGAGACACAGAAUCCGAAGCCUCAGCAGAGAGCCUGAUGUGGGGCUCGAACUCACAAACCUCAAGAUCAUGACCUGGGCCAAAGUCAGACACUUAACAGACUGAGCCCCACAAAUGAUUUUCUUUUUCAUUUACAAAGUGCCAACUAGUUAUUCUCACAGUAAAUAUUGGAUAACAUUUUCUUGCUCUUACAUAUAGGGUCUUUUGUUGGGGUAUUUAUUUUGUUCUAUUCAGUUUUCUAUUCUUGUACCAGUAACACACUAUUUUAAUUAUUGGACUUUUGUAGUAUUUUCAUAGUUAAUAGAUACCUAUUCAUUCUUUCUGAUGAACUUCAUUAUACUUUGAUGAUAUUUUAAUAAAGCAGAGUGGAUUUUUAUGAGAACCACGUUAAUCUUUUAUAAUAUUCUCUGAAGAAAAUCUCCAAAAUGUUUCCCUAACUGGAAAGUUGGAUUCUGACUCCAAGCAAAUUUCUCAUUUCAUUUCAUUACAUAUUAAUAUUUAAUGGUAUAGCCCCAGAAACCAGCUUUCUGGGGCUGGGAAGGGUAGGAGGGUGAUUUAUAGUAAUUUUUUAUUUCUUUGGUGUAAAUAUUCCCACCACACUUGAUUUCAAUCUACCAAUGUGACAUCACUGAACACAGUUGUGAAAAUAUCUGCACAAUUGGCUCUCAUGAGCUGGUACAAGGUACUGUAGCAUACCACUGGCUAUAUUGAUGACAAAUAUUCUUUUAAAAGAUGUAUAAAUUACUUGUUUUUUAGAUGAGGACAUCUCACUUAAAUUUUAAUAGAAAACAAAAUUAGGCAACAUGAAGUUAAAUUGAUAAAUUAACUUGAGAAUAGUAUUUUUCAAAGACAGUGGACUCUUAGAAGAUCAUUUGUGCAUUUUGCAUGUCAACCUUUUCUUAAUUUGUAUACGUAAAUUCAUGCUACAUUUAUGGACCUUCCAUCCUUUGACAGUUCAAGUUCUGUAUAUGAAUCGUAUACAAAAAGGGUAGGUGAUUAUUGUCAUUCUCCAUGCUUUUCCCUGCAAGUGGAUGUUCAAACAGAGUGCAAGGGUCGCUCUGUAUAUUUAAAAAAGCUUUUUUCUCUUUAGAAAAGUAUUGGCUUCUGGGGCGCCUGGGUGGCUCAGUUGGUUGAGCGACCAACUUCGGCUUAGAUCAUGAUCUCGCAGUUUGUGAGUUCAAGCCCCGUGUCAGGCUCUGUGCUGACAGCUCAGAGCCUGGAGCCUACUUCAGAUUCUAUGUCUCCCCCUCUCUCUACCCCUCCCCUGCUCACACUCUGUGUCUCUCUGUCUCUCAAUAAUAAAUAAACGUUAAACAAAA